GCAGUGACAAUUUUAAACCAUUUGGCACUAUUAAUUUGAAACAGUGAUGCAGUUACAAGAAUAUUUUCUUAAAGAAAGACGGUAACGCUUAUUGCCAUUAUUUAUUAAGUGUAAUCCACCACCCAAAGUCAACAACACAAGUUUCGGCUUUGCUUUGUUUGCCCAGUCAUUCCCCUUACUACACGAGGAGCGUUAAGUUUCGGUUUCUUUUUGCCGUAUAGCUGUCUGUUUCUCUGAUAUUACGUAGUCGCUGUGUGAAAGGCUGCUCGGAGAGGUCGGAGGUAGUUUAGUAACCGGGACGUAGCCACAGAGGCAGUACUAUAGUCAUUUCUGAACUGUUAAGGAAAGCGAACCCUCUCACAGUGCAGCAGGCUGCUUGUGAAAUGGCUUCUGCUUCUAAUGUGGAACGAAACUUCAUUGUGGAGCUUCGUGAGUACUGUGAUAAACAGUCAUUAAAUUUCGAUAUCAAGCAAGUAUCACAGAGUGGUCCACCGCAUAACCCUACGUUUGUCUACAAGGUACAGAUCAGUGGUAAAGACUAUCCAGAUGGCAGCGGCAGAAAUAAGAAGGAAGCACAAAACAAUGCGGCAAGAAAUGCACUUCAGCUGUUAAAACCUCAAUCCUUGGAGCAUGACAGUGCAGUUGGAAGCAUGGAGAGAUCAAUUGGCAUGAACUCCAUCAGUAUUCUUCAUGAGUAUGCGGCAAAAAGGAACAAAAGAAUUGAUCUUAUUGAAACUCAGGAAGGACCUUCUCAUCUUCCAAUGUUUUACUGUAAGUGGAAGCUUGAUGACCGAGUAUUUGAUUGUGGAACAGGGAAAACGAAACAAGAAGCAAAACAAAAGGCAGCAACACUGGCCUUAGAUGGUCUGGCAAAAGAAGACAGUGAAAAGCAAGAGUCUGUUAGUUCCAGUCUGCUGAAAGCAUGUUCUCCAGGUGCACCUUUGAAAAUGCAAGAUGAAAAUCAUUGCAGUUUUGCUGGCAGCAAGCGCUCUCCCUUCAUGGACUUCUCAGUGGCAUCAGAUGACUCAUUUGAUGACAAACAAAACUUUGUGGGUGAACUGUUGGAAGUGUGUCUGAAAAACAAACUGGAGCCCAGAAUUGUUCAGCUUGACCAAAGUGGGCCAUCUCACUGUCCAAUGUUUGCAUUCAGAGUAAUAAUUGGUGAAAAAGAAUUUCCAGCAGCUUUCGGCAACAGCAAAUCAAGUGCACGUCGAAGGGCAGCUAAGGUUGCACUCGAACACUUAAUGCCUGCAAACAGACAGAGUAAUUCAAGUCAUAAUCAAAAGUCAGCAUCUUCAGGUUCAUGGAAUGGAAACUCCGUCAACAGCAGUGCCUCAGGAGACAGAAGAAGUUCUGAUCUGGCUUCAAAACCUGUUUACACAACCACUGAAGGCAGUUCUGUUGUAUUCCGUAAUGAAUCACAGAAGGAUGCUGCUUCACCUGCUUCUACAGUUCUGAGUUGUGCAGCUGAAAAAGAGGCCACAACAAAGUUUGUUUCAAGAAAGUCCAUACCACUGGCUGCUAACUUUUCUUUGAUGAAGACAGGCCAUGUAGACAGCUCAAGUACUCCACAUAUUACAAGGUUGGAGAAAGAUUUUAAAGACAUAAGUCAUCUUGGAAGAGGUGGAUUUGGAUCAGUUAGAAAAGCAAAACAUAAGCUUGAUAACAAGUAUUAUGCUAUAAAACAGGUGCAACUUCAAAACUCAAAAACAUUGCGUGAGGUGAAAACACUGGCAGAUCUUAACCAUCCUAACAUUGUGCGUUAUUAUUCUUCAUGGACUGAUGUUGAACAUUUUGGUUCAGAACGGGACAGCAACAGCUGCAGUCUCAGCAGCGUCAGCACAUUGCCUGAACUUACCUUUCAUUAUCUGUAUAUACAGAUGGAAUUAUGUGACAAAGGAACAUUGUUUGACUGGAUUCAAAAAAAUGUGACAGAACAAAAAAUAUGGAGACAGCCCUUACAUAUUUUUAUGCAGAUUGUCCAAGGUGUUAAAUAUAUUCAUUCAAAAGGUCUCAUUCAUCGAGAUCUUAAGCCAAAAAAUAUAUUUAUGGCGGAUGAUAAUGAGCCAAGUGUAAAAAUUGGAGAUUUUGGUCUUGUAACUGACAAUGUUGAUGCUAAAUCAGAAAGAACUACUAACAAGGGAACUGAAAUGUACAUGAGCCCUGAACAGAAAAAUAACAAGAAUUAUGGAGAAAAAGUUGACAUCUUUCCUCUUGGAUUAAUUUUCUUUGAACUUCUGUGGCCUUUUAAAACGAAGAUGGAAAAAGCUAAGAUGUGGGAUGAUAUAAGAAUGUGUUCGUUUCCAGAAGAGUUGAUUAGUACGUUUGGCUUGGAGUCAAAGUUAAUCAAGAAGAUGCUCGCUGAAAACCCAGACAACAGACCAAACCCAUCUGAUAUUCUAACUGAUGCUCAAAAUUUUUUGAAUAUUUUUGACAAAACACAGCAAACAACACUUUAACCAAAUAGGACUUCAGUGAAAUGACAGCUAAUCGGACAUUUUGUUACAGUCAGUGAACUAAUAAUGAAGACAUCCUAAAACAAUUUAAAUAAGCAACACUUAAAAAGAAGUGACAGUUGGUCAGAACUCAAGUCACAUGAACAUCUCCUCCCUGCAGUAUGUUUUCCAUGAAGUAGUGUGAAUUUGUGCACUUUAGCAGCUGCAUACAGCCACGUUUCUGAGCUCCAUUGGAUGUACUUACAGUAAUUUUGUGGCUACAUUCUGUGGUACUGCAAUCAGUAGAAAUAUAGUCUGGUACUUGCUGACAAUAUCAUGUUUCUGUCAUUUUAUGUACUUUUGGCUUGUCCUGCAUUCAAAUCCACACUGGGUGGAAGAUCUUUUCCAGAAUGGGAUCUACAGUACUGGAAUCGCCUGCCUAAUGAAGUCAUAAAAUAAGAAUGCAGUGAGAAUUCUAAAAAAAAAAAAAGAAAAAUGUAAAGAGAACCACAUUUGCCUAUUUCAUCUUGCUUUUGCUAUGACUUGACAUGCAUUGUCUACGGAUGAAUUAAUCUCCCUUACUGUACCUUAUAUUGCUGUUUUUGUUCACUCAAACCACUGUAAAUACUGUGGUUUGUUUGUUUAAAAUUGUUGAUGCAAAUUGAUUGUAUAAUGCUGUAUGAGCCCGGGUUAUGACUGAAAAGGAUUAGUGGACCAGUUUACCCACCCGGUCAUCAGAUAUUAAAUAAAUAAAUACAUACAUACAUAAA